AUGCCUUCUCCUUUGUCCAGCCAUAGCAAUAACAACAACAACAACAAAAUUCAACAUCACGUACAUUCCCUACCAUCACAACCCCACAGCGAUCCGAACCCGACAGUACUACAGCAGACGACUACCAAUAACACCACUACUCCUUCAAAUUCUUCUUCAAACAACCCGAGGCAGUACAGCUUGGCACCGCCCCCUUCGACACCACAUCUCAACAACAACAAGAAAACCAGAGCCGCGACACAGCUUGUAACCCUCGUGCUACCCACGGGUAACAGCGGAUCCAGCAACGUCGACUUCUCUGCUCCCUCUUCUGCCUCGUCGGCCACGACCAGCUUCCAGCAGCAAGAUCGGAAACUCCCACUGCCCGCCGAUGGUGUAGCCGGGACCAGCGGCCACCGUACGGAAGAUAUUGAGAUGGACCAGAUGGCGCCAGUCAGCGGCCAUAGGAGGCGCCGCAGCACUCUGACCUCGAGCGUUGGCGCUGCUGCGCCCAUGGGUCCCUCGCACAGUAGGGGUCGCUCGAUAGGCCAGAGUUUCCGCAAGUCAAUGGACCCCGGCGCCGAUGGCAAGAUAUCCGAGGAAUCGGCAUUCCGCCCGGCCGGUGAGCCGUCAAAGGUAGAGCCAUCCGACGACGAAAGGAGCUUUAGCGAUGAGGAUCUACACAGCGACGAGGAGACGGGUUUGACAAAAAAGGAUAGAAAGAGAAGGCGCGCCAAGAAGAAGCGGAACACGCGGCUAGACAACCGAAUCGCGAGACAGCAUAUCACCGACGAGGAGCGCAAGGAAGCCGACCAAAAUGUUGCGCGCAACAUUGCCAUCAACUGCGUGCUCAUUGGGCUGUGGUACAUAUUCUCCUUGUCAAUUUCUUUGUAUAACAAAUGGAUGUUUGACGCAAACAACCUCAACUUUGCUUUCCCCUUAUUUACAACAUCCGCACACAUGCUGGUGCAGUUUUCUCUCGCCAGCUUGGUGCUAUACUUUAUACCUUCCUUACGACCAGGUGCUGGGCGCAAUUCAGACAUGGGCCAGUCGCGGCACGACUCGGAGCCUAAGCAACCUCUGAUGACAAAUUUGUUCUACCUCACCAGGAUAGGACCAUGUGGUGCGGCCACUGGUCUAGAUAUUGGCCUGGGCAAUGCAUCUUUGAAAUUCAUCACACUCACAUUCUACACCAUGUGCAAGUCCUCAUCACUGGCCUUUGUGCUAUUGUUCGCUUUCAUGUUCCGCCUCGAGACGCCGACAUGGAAAUUAGUCGCCAUCAUUGCUACCAUGACGCUGGGCGUUGUGAUGAUGGUGGCAGGCGAGGUGGAAUUCAAACUCAACGGCUUUGUUCUUGUCAUCUCCGCUGCAUUUUUCUCGGGCUUUCGUUGGGGUCUCACCCAGAUUUUGCUCCUCCGGAAUCCUGCGACAUCGAACCCCUUCUCCAGCAUUUUCUAUCUGGCACCAGUCAUGUUUUGCACUUUACUGAUUAUAGCGAUUCCUGUGGAAGGCCUGCCUCAAUUGAUUGAGGGUUUGAAGGCCUUGAGUGAAGCCUGGGGCCCCGUUCGCGCUCCUCUGAUUCUCAUCUUUCCCGGAACCAUUGCGUUCCUCAUGACAGCGUCAGAGUUUGCCCUGCUGAAGCGAAGCAGUGUCGUAACACUGUCAAUUGCCGGCAUUUUCAAGGAGGUUGUCACCAUCAGCGCCGCCGCCCUGGUGUUCAAUGAUAAACUCACACCCAUCAACAUUUUUGGCUUAUUUGUCACGAUUGCAGCUAUCGGUUGCUACAAUUGGAUCAAGUUUACAAAGAUAAGGAAUGAGGCCCAGGUGGAGGCACACAACAAGCAUGGAUAUCAACAAGCGGAAAGUGGCUCGAGCAGCGACGGCGGCAGCGAAAGCGAUGAAGAUACCGGGCUUCUGGCGCAUAGUGAAGCAGAAGAUGAAAGAAAUAUGAUCACGGUGGACGGAGAUAUCUAUCCAGAUCGGACAGCGCCUGCCGACGAAGGGCGACCACCGAGAACCAGCGAGCAUGCCAGCAGAGCAUAG